CACGACACAUUCCUCGCUUCAACCGCAACGCCAGCCACGACACAUUCCGUUCCGACCUGCCACCGCUUCUGACCACACACAAUUUUCUAAAAGGUAUCUUGCGCCUCAGCAAAUAUGACGGACCCCAAUCAUACUGGGCGCUGUCACUACAGAGCAGCUCUGCAUUAUCAGCUGAUACUUGAGACUCUUCGAAGACCGCAUUGCCGUCACCUCCAGCGAGCUUAGGUACUGCGGAAUUGCAGGCUCUAACUAUUGGCUCACAGGCUUCUUCGUUGAAACUGACAACGCCACGGAGGUUUUGUAUCCAGAUAUUCGUCGCACUGUUGCCGACUACCAUGAUCUUUCAACGGCGUUUCCAUUCUCAAACGCAUGCGGCCCUCGACUCUCCACCAACACCUCCGCCCAAAGAUAAGGUCUCUCCAUCGAAAACACUUGAGGAGAUUCUCGCGAUUGCAGUGAGCCCUCGGGCCCCAAAGCCUCCCCCACAUGCGGUUGGUACUGUUGCCAUCGACCCCCGACUGGCCAAGAGUACUCCGAUUCGCGCAGCUUCAAGCCCGUUGAGAAGCAACGUACCAAGACGAGUGCCCAGCAGCAGGAAGACGGGACAUGCGACAAUUCACACAGAUGCAAUAGAUGGUCAUGACGCUUUCGAAAGCGAUGCAUUUGCUAUCCACAUGCCCACAACGCGUAUUCCUAUCAUCGACGCCCCAGUCUCGCGAUCCAAGUUGUCGUCGCCGACAAGAGCACAGGCCGAAGCUGUCAGGACUUAUACUGAGAAGGCGAAGGAGGCACGAGAAAGGAACAACAGCAUAGGUGUGCGUGUACCGCCCAAUAUAGCUUCAUACGACUAUGCCUAUGCAGGCACCUCGAAGACUAGUGCCGCGAUUCCUGCCGUACUGAAGCCGUCCAGUAGUCCUCCUGCUCCAGCAGGUGCAUUUCCUGUCAGCCCCCCGGUGGCACAAGGAAAAUGGACACCACGAGAGCCAAGGUCUGAGCCUGUCGUCACGACGAGCAAAGUCUCUAGCAACACAUCAGUGUACAGAAAGCCCAAUAUAGCGGGUGUCACGACUGCUGCAGCUGUUAUCGAAGAAUGUGUUCACUUUGUGCGCGCGGACGCAAAGGGUGGUGCGUCAAGACCGACGACGCCACCAAAAUCAACAAUAGUCAAAGUCAGCAUGAAGGCAAAUAGAUUAACUCCACCGGAAGCCCCAGCUGUCCCAAAGAUCAAGAUUCAGGCUUGUCAAGACCAAUUCAUAUCAGCUCGCACGUGUGACGCGGAGCCCCGCCGCGAGGUCUAUCGUUCUCCGUACGUUGAGCCGUCUCGCUCACCGAGUCCUACAAAAACCAUGCCCAACUUUACACGCCAGUAUUCUAUUGAAGGCGACUCGAUUUUCGGAUACAAAGUCAAAGAUCCCCUGGGCACAAUUGGCGGAGCAGACAAGUCGGCCUCGAAUUCAAGUGACGAUGAGAAGCCCAAAGCAUCGGCAAGCAAGACGCAGAGCCCUUCGAAGCCGUCGCCGGUAAAGCGAACACUAACGGACCGCUGGCCAUGGAUCCGUAAGGGCGCUUCUGUGGGCAAACCCCCAAGCGCACCGGCCCCAGAUCCGCCCGUGAGAGCACCGUCUUCAAAGCGACCGCGAUCGAUAUAUGUAUCACCUUUCGCGUCUCUCGAUACGCCUCCGAAAACGCCUUCACCCACACGUCCUGCGGCGCCGUAUGUCUCAGUCAAGAAAACACCGACUGUAUUACGAAGAGAAUCUCCAGCAGCCCCAGCUGUUGUUACCUCGGAAUCGUUCGACAGAGGUCUCCAGCAGAUUCAGUCCUUUGUCUUGCUCGGACUGAAGAUUGGCCUCGCCCUCUACGUCGUCGUUGCGCUGUGGUUUAUUCUCGAUGCGAUCCGAGAGGCGCUUUGCGUGGUUUCUGUGCCAUUACAAAUCAUUGCAACGUUCGUCUGGACGAUGAUGACUCUUCUGGGUAGAGGGCUGGGAAUGGCUGCGGGCGUUCUGGGUGGUAAGAUAAGGGUUUUGCGUCGGGGUUAGAGACUCCAAGUUGUAUGAACAUGAGUGGUCUGUAGUCUGUUGGGCGUGUACAGUACAUGUGGAUUGACCGAUGGGUAGAAU